AUUUAUUAUUUCUUAGUCUUUUUUUUGCAAUUCAAAAUUUUAGACGCGCGUUGGGGAGGAAAUUGAAAAAUCACCGUUGAACACUACAGCAACGUUUUAUCAAUAGUGAAGAAGGUUACUAGCAAUGUCGGAAGAAAUUUCAGAAGUAUCUCAAAGUGAGGUGACCAUUAAAGAAGAAUAUCAAUUAUGGCGUAAAAAUUGUCGUUAUAUGUAUGAGUUUGUUAGUGAGACAGCAUUAACAUGGCCAUCAUUAACUGUUCAAUGGUUACCAGACCAUCAAGAACAAGAUGGAAUAAUUGAAUCAAAAUUAUUAUUAGGUACUCACACAUCAGGUGAAGAUACCAAUUAUUUAAAAAUAGCCUCUACUCAACUUCCUUCUACAUCAGAAAAGAAGGCAUCUUCUCGUAUAAAGAUUAUAAAAAAAUUUCAAAAUAGUUUUGAAAUAAAUAGAGCAAGGUAUAUGCCACAAGAUCCAUCAAUAAUUGCAACUAUUAAUGGAGAGGGAGAAAUAGAUAUAUAUGAUAUUAAUAAUGAUUCGAAAGCUGCAUAUUUGCACCUUACACCACAUGAAGCUAAUGGUUAUGGAUUAGCAUGGAACCCAUAUAAAAAGGGGUACUUAUUAUCUUCAUCUGAUGAUAAAUCGGUUGUGCUAUCAGAUGUUGGAAAAGAUCGAAUAUUCAGGAAUACUUCACAUUCAGACAUUGUCAAUGAUGCAAAAUGGCAUCAUUUUGAUGAGAAUAUAUUUGGAUCUGUAAGUGAUGAUAAAUAUACUUUUAUAUUUGAUAUUAGAACACCUAAUAAACCAGUAUCUAAAUUUUAUAAUCCAGAAUCUAAAGGGAUCAAUUCAUUGGCCUUUUCACCAUUUUCUCAUAAUUUAUUAGCUAUUGGGAAUACUAAUUCGAAUAUUAAUUUAUUAGAUAUUCGUAAAUUUAAUAGUGAUUCUAAUGGUGGGUUACUUCAUACAAUGAUGGGACAUUCUGAUUCUAUUACAAGUUUAGAAUUUUCACCUCAUAAGGAUGGAAUACUUGCUUCUGGAUCUCUGGAUCGUAGAGUUAUAUUAUGGGACUUAUUUAAGAUCGGAGAAGAACAACAACAAGAAGAUGCAGAAGAUGGAUGUUCAGAAUUAUAUAUGAUGCAUGCAGGUCAUACAGGUGCCGUUAUGGAUUUGAGUUGGUGUCCUUAUAAAGAAUGGACGUUAGCUUCCGUAGCAGAUGACAAUAUUGUCCAUUUAUGGGAGGUUGGUAAGAGUAUUAUCAAUUCAGAAACAUCCACUACUUUAUCAGAAAAGGAUUUAGAGUAAGAGAGUAUUUACAGUAUAUAUUAUAAUAUAUAUAAAAUAUU